AUGGAUGAAAAAUCCAGCCUACCCACUCAAACCUCUCUUACCAACUCAAUUCUCACUCGUCAUUCAACUCGGAAUUUUCUCCCCAGGGCGGUCCCAAUCGAACAUCUCAAGGAAUCUCUGUUAAUAGCACAACACGCGCCUUCGAAUUCAAACAUCCAACCAUGGAGAGCGAUAUUUCUGUCCGGAAGCAAGCUCGACACUCUGAAGGCGGCAUUACUAGAAGCCGCCCAAAAUGGCAAGCCCCAGAUUCCACCAAUCCCAGAGGCAUUCCGCCACUAUAGGUCAGAGCUCGGACGCGAGUUAUUUGGAAAAUCCAUGGGGAUCGCCCGGGAUGAUAUGCCUGGACGACGGGCAGCGGAAUUACGCAAUUACUAUUUCUUCGGCGCCCCGCUGGUGGGGAUUAUAUAUAUGGAUCGAUCUUUGAGCCACGCAGAUUCACUAAGCGUGGGCAUGUGGCUUCAGACGUUGAUUUUGGAGUUGACCGAGAAGGGCCUGGACACCUGCAUUGAAGGCAGCGUUGCGGGGUACCCGGCGGUGAUUAGAGAAGAAUUAGCGAUCACCGAUGGCAUGGAUAUACUUUGUGGGUUGGCAGUGGGAUACGGAGAUCCAGAGUCCCAGGCGAAUCAAAUGGUCUCGCAGAGAGAUAGCUGGGAUACAUCGAUCGAGAUUAGACCCUAG